GAUAACCUAUCACGUGUUAUCGGAAUCCGACUUACAAGUUCGUUAAUCCAUCGCUGUUACGGGGAGGAAAAAGUUCCAAAGACAAGAUGGUCAAUCUCCAUAAAGGUCACAAACGAAAAGACGGUACGGAUGUUGGCAAACUGAUUCACAACAUGAAAGAGCACGACCACGUCUCUGUAAUAAGGAGCAUUAUGAUGUACUCUUUGACGUCAUUAGUAACACUGAUAAUAGCAUUUGCCAUAUUCAACUACAUGGAAACAGGCGUUCCUGAAGGGGUUCCGGAGGUCUGGAACGCUCGAAUUUUAGACACGUCUCUUCGAACGAUGGGCAAAGUGAUUUUGACACUGAACAAUUUUGGUGUUCACGGAGGAGUCACGUGGUGGACAAGAAAAAUGGUAGAGGUCAUGUUAACUCUCCUUAUAACCGGAAGUCCUCGUGGCCUUGGCGAUGACCCGGAACUGAAGAUUUACGAUACAAAACUGGCAGGGGUGGACGUGAGAAUAUAUGAACCAACUAAGGGAAAGAACUCUGAUCGUCCAGCUCUGGUUUACUACCAUGGUGGGGGGUGGUCGUGGCUUUCUAUAGAUGUUUAUGACCAAGCCACCAGACAACUUGCAAAAGGAGUUGGAAUGGUCGUUGUAUCAGUAGGGUAUAGACAAUCGCCAGAAUAUGCUCACCCUAUCCCUUUCAAAGAUUGUCUUGACGUCACUGAACACGUGCUUAACAAUGGAAAAGACCUUGGUAUAGAUAGUUCCCGCGUAGCAAUAUCUGGUGACAGUGCUGGUGGCCAUUUAACAGCCGCUGUGUCACUCCGCUUGAAAAAGAAGAUAAAAAUCCAAGUCCCUAUUUAUCCCUGCCUGCAGCUGUUUGAUAUGCAGACUCCAUCUUACAUCGAAAACAAGGACUAUAUUCCGGGAAUGUUGACGGAUAUAUCUAUGUUAACAUACUGGCUCAACUACGCGAAUAUCAGUUAUGAUCACAUAGACACUAUAAUGGCCAACAAACAUACAUCACCGGCAUUAAAGAAAUCCAAAUACGCUGACUUAAUAUCGCCAAAGUGGUACAUGAAAGAACACAUAAGAACAGAGUCUCUACGCGAUAUGAAGAAACCUACUGACUUCGGAGACGAAAAACUUUCAAAAGAAAUAGAGAAAACCCUUCUUGAUCCAUACUUUUCUCCACUUAUGGCAGACGAUUCUGAUUUGAAAGAUAUGCCUCUAACUUAUGUUUUAACGGCCGGAUAUGACGUUUUGCGUGAAGAUGGCCUAAUAUAUUACCAACGUUUGAAAAAGGUUGGCGUGAAAGUCCAUUUAGCACAUUACCAAGAGGGGUUCCAUGGCAUGAUAUUUUUCUUUAAAGGUCCAAUUCCAUUCAAUGUUGGAAUAAGGGCCAUGGACGAUUUAAUACAAUUUUUGAAGAAAAACCUCUAGCAAAAAUGAUGAUGUAUAGGAUUUUUAUAAAUUUUGUAUUUAUAGAAUAUGUCAGUUUAGAUAUUAUUAAAAUGUAUUGAGAAAAA